AUGUCGGACGCAGGCGAGGUCGAAGUCGAAAGCCAGUCCGGCUACGCAGUUCUGCCGAAGGAGGUCACCGAGGAGAUUGGCAGCAUCAAGCUGUUCAACAAGUGGAGCUACGAGGAUGUUGAGAUUCGGGAUAUCUCCUUGACCGACUACAUCCAGAUCCGAUCGCCCGUCUACAUCUCGCACUCCGCUGGCCGAUACGCCGUCAAGCGAUUCAGGAAGGCGCAAUGCCCGAUCAUCGAGCGCCUGACCAACUCCCUCAUGAUGAACGGCCGCAACAACGGCAAGAAGCUCAUGGCUGUCCGGAUAGUCGCACACACCUUCGAGAUUAUCCACAUCAUGACCGACCAGAACCCGAUCCAAGUCGCCGUCGACGCCAUCGUCAACUGCGGUCCCCGCGAAGACUCCACCCGCAUCGGUUCCGCCGGUACCGUCCGUCGGCAGGCCGUCGAUGUCUCUCCUCUCCGCCGCGUCAACCAGGCCAUCGCCCUCCUCACCAUCGGCGCCCGUGAGGCCGCGUUCAGGAACGUGAAGAGCAUUGCUGAGUGCCUGGCGGAAGAGCUGAUCAACGCUGCGAAGGGUAGCAGCAACUCGUAUGCUAUCAAGAAGAAGGACGAGCUGGAGCGUGUGGCUAAGAGCAAUCGGUAA